CGUGCCGCGCACGUCCGCUUUUACAGUUACGGCAGAGAAAUUUGCUUUACGGCAGUGCUUGUUUCAGAGUCUGCAGAGGUCACCUGACUUUCGCAGCGAUGUGGUCCUCCUUGCUUGUUGUCCUGUUCCUGAUGCUCGCGAGUGAUGUCAUAGGGCAGGAGAGCAUCAGGAAGCCCAACAUAAUUUUAGUGAUGGCGGAUGACUUGGGAAUCGGUGACGUGGGUUGCUAUGGUAACAACACCAUCAGGACCCCCAAUAUAGACAGGCUGGCCUCUGAGGGGGUGAAGCUGACUCAGCACAUCGCAGCCGCCCCACUGUGCACACCGAGCCGGGCGGCAUUCAUGACGGGGCGCUACGCUGUCCGCUCAGGGAUGGCGGGGGCAGGUGCGGUACAGGUUAACUUGUUCCUGGGGGGUUCGGGCGGGCUGCCACCCGGGGAGACAACUUUUGCCAAGAGGCUGCAGCAACAAGGAUAUACCACUGGCCUAGUUGGUAAAUGGCACCUCGGCCUGAGCUGUGAGCAAAGAGGGGAUCACUGUCAUCACCCCAAUCAGCACAGCUUCAGUUUCUUCUACGGCCUGCCUUUAACCCUCUUGAAUGACUGCGCUCCUGGCAUGGGGACGGACAUUUUGAACCACCUGCAACACACGUUCCAAAAGAUCUCUGUGUUGCUCGUGGUUGGUCUUUUCACACUGAUGUGUGUUCGAGCUUGCGGCCUAAUCGACAUCAACCUGUGGCUCUCGGUGGCGCUCCUCUUGGUUAGCUUCCUUCUGAUUGCGAUGUGGUACGCUGUCUUCGGACUACUGCCCAGGUGGAACUGCAUCAUUAUGAGGGACCAGGAAGUGGUGGAACAGCCCAUGACGCUAGAGACUCUGCCUCACAGGUUGCUGACGGAAGCGCAGAACUUCAUCGAGAGGAAUACCGACCAUCCGUUCCUUCUGUUUUUCUCCCUGGCUCACGUCCACACGCCACUUUUCAACUCGCCGGCUUUCGCGGGCAGAAGCCGCCACGGUCGCUACGGUGACGACGUGGAAGAGAUGGACUGGCUCGUCGGUGAGCUAACCAAAACCGUGGACUCGUUGGGCCUGGCUAACGACACUCUGAUGUACUUUACGUCAGACCACGGAGGGCACAUUGAGAGUUCUCAUCCUCUGAUUGGCCAGGGAGGAGGUUGGAACGGCAUUUUUCGAGGUGGGAAAUUCAUGGGGGGCUGGGAAGGCGGCAUCAGGGUUCCCGGCAUCUUCCGCUGGCCGGGCAGACUGGCAGCUGGGAGAGUGGUGGACGAGCCCACCAGCCUCAUGGAUCUCUACCCCACCCUGAAACAUCUGGCUGAAGACACCCAACCCGACAGGCCGUUAGAUGGUCACAACCUCAUGCCGCUGUUGGAGGGCAAGGUGACUCGAUCGGCGCAUGAGUUUAUGUUCCAUUACUGUGGCAGCCACUUACACGCAGCACGCUGGCACCCACCAGACAGCGACUCCAUCUUCAAGGUGCAUUUCGUCACACCAAAUUUUUCCCCCCCGGGAGCUGUGGGAUGCUAUGACCCGGGCACGUGCUCGUGUCACGGAGAACACGUGACACGACAUGACCCUCCGCUGCUCUAUGAUCUUCUCCGGGACCCCUCAGAAUCGCAGCCGCUGGGCCCCGAAACAGAGCCUCGCUACGCAGAAGUCCUCCAUCGAAUAACCGAAGCGAUGCACACUCAUCAGCUCUCCUUGGUGGACAAACAACCAAACCAGAUGACUUGGGACAAGAUUCUGUGGAGACCUUGGCUUCAGCCAUGUUGUGGGACAUUCCCUUUCUGUGGCUGCAAAGAAGACGCAAGGUAGGGGAAAAAAAAUCACGAGUGGACUUUUUCAUUUGGAACCGGAAGAAUGUUGUAGUUGACACUGUGUGCCUCAAGAGGGCAGAGUCUGAUUGUUUUUGGAGCGAUCAGGUCCAUGUCAUCAUAGGGAUACUUGACUGUAUAAUUAAGAAUUAAACAUAUAUUUAGGUUUUGUCCUUGUUUAGCCCAGGUCUCAAUUCUCACCUAAUUCAAAAAGUCAAUUGAUUUUGUCUUUUUUCCUCACAUGUGCAUGGCAGAAGGUCAUACCAGGAUUUGUGAGAUCCAUGUUAAGUUUGAAGGCAAUCAAGCCCAGUAUGAUGAAGGUAGCUCUGUUCAAAGGUCACAUUUUCCUUGUCAGAGCUCUCCCAAGAACAAUUUGCACUGUGCAUUACUGGGAUUAUUUCUCAAAGGCAAGAAAGGCCUAUUUCAAGAGUGUUCAGCACAAGGUCGCCUUAGUAACCGACGUACGUGUUUAUCGUCAUGUUCAUCCACCAGUUCCCCUUUUGAACCUUGUUGAUUCCACUUGAUUGCUUGCGAGUGCAAUACAUUGUAUUCUGUGAUUUUCUUGUAUUUUGUUUGCCAGUACAUAACUAGUAACACGUCACCAAUAACGCACACUGACAAAACAUGUUAGAUAACUACAAAUUGCACAUAAAUAAUAUGUAGUGUUAACACCGGGCAGGGUUAACAUUAAUGUAAACAAUAAUAAUAUUAAGCAUUACAUUGCUUUUAGUUUAAAAAAGGCACUUUAGUUAAGGUAAAAAAAAUUACCCUACUGGAUUAAAAGGUUAAACGGGCCAUAUUUAUAACUACAUGCUUCAUUCUUAUAUGUUUGUAUUGGAACAUUUUAAAUGUUAAUAUUUAUUUUUUUAAAUUCAGUCUUUCAUGCACCAUUCGUGCUACUUGGACCACACUUUGAGAAUCACUGGUCUAUGACGUUCAAGUUAUUUGUCUUCAGGAAUCCUGCCUAGCAACAAGUGCACAAUAACCAGGGGGAAAAAAAAUGAAUUAUUGCAGGGAUACUUGUGAUGGGUAUAUGCAGUGUGAUAUCUGUUGUGUUGAUUUAUGAUGAAUUAUAGAGAUUUAUUUGCAAAAGUUUUUUUGGCCCCUUCUAAACUAUUUAGACACAGAAGUGCAUAUAUAUGUGUAGAUGUCACUGCACUUUGCUUUGCAACAUGCUCCUGCUCUCCCUCCUCUUUUUUCCCAUAUUUUGGCUUAUCCCAACAUGAAAAUUUGCUUAGUUCAGACUCUCAAGAAGUCAAAAGCGAGGCUAUAUGGAAUCCCGAUGGGCCUGUAAGGAUACCCUGUGGCUCUCCAUACUGUAUCUUCACCAAUAAAAGACUGUAAAGACUG